AGGAAUGAGAAUCAAUUCCCACUUGUCUAUGAGAUUGGGAUUUAAUAAGGAUUGAAAUUUUAUCGACUUGGAAUGAAUAUCCUUCAUUAUCCUAAAUUCCAGUCCAUUCAAUACAUGCCGGCGAAGAACGGGAGAAGGGCGAGUGGCGAAUUUUGUGGAAUAAAAAUAAAAUUCCAAGAAUGAGAUCGGUUUUCUUGAUGCCUCUAUUGGUAGCCCUAGGAGUAGUAGUUGUUGCAGAGAUCGGUUUUCUGGGUCGGCUAAGAACGUCGCUUUCUUUGUUCAACUCCUGGGCCGAGUCGUUCUAUCACUCUAUUCCAGAGAUUUUCAGAAAGGAAACUAUCUCAGUUAAGGGUUUUGAGGAGCUUGCUUGGUAGAUUGCUAUUGGCGUUGAAGAUAUCUAUUGUUUUCGACAUUAUUGGUAACGAGCUUUAAGCUGCAGAGACAUGGGAGAAAGUGAACUUGUGAUGUCAUAUGAAAAACAGCUUAAUCAAGCACCUCACCUUACAGAUUCUAUUUGUCAUACACAAACUAUGGUUGGUCUACUUCUUUGUGAAUAAAUUGUUGCUUUAGUGGUAGCUAUUCUGAUAGUCUUUUAGCAAAAUUAAGACAUGGACCAUGAAUAUAAUUCUGAUUAUUCAUAUUUUGUUUUCAUCAGGGAAUAGUUAUCUAAAUGGGAUCAAAUAAGAAGCAAGAAAAAAAAAAAAAAAAAAAAUAAUAAUAAUAAUUAUGAAUAAAGAGUAGUAACUAAAAGAUGAACCUAACAUUUUAAAAGCAACAUUUACAUUGAAAUUUGUAUGUAAAUUUCUCUGAAGGUCAACUUAUUUACUUGGACGACUUGUGGUCACUAGUGUGUAUCUUUCAGUUACCCUCAGAAAUAUUUUAAGAUCUAGAAACCAUUUAGUUUUUUGGAUCAUUCCUAAAAAAAAUUAAUUCAACCCUCAUUUAGUAGUAACGAAACUGAUACCAUAUUCCUCUGUUAUUUCCUCACAUUCUUUCUUUACCUACACUUUGCAUUAGAAAAUGAAGCAUUGAUGGCCAUUUAACGGAGAGGAUAAAAGUUAUGUGUAACAACCUAUGUCUUGAGCAAUUUAUUACAAGUACUGGUAGCCAUUUAAUGGAGAGGGUAGAAGCUACAUAAAAGGUCUUAAAAUGACAAUGUAAAAAGAGGGAUGGGAUGAUUUGGUAACAUACCGACAGUGGCCGAUUUGGAUGUCCGGUAACCUGAGGAGUUGCUUUUGCUGAAUUGUAUUAUGGUUUUGCCAAUUCCAUCUCCCAAGAACACAACACUUUUCUUCUCCUGACCCACAUGUACUUCUUCAGUGUAAAUUCCUUGCUUGAUGUAAAUGGUGUAAGUGAUUGAACUCGAAUUGGGUAUUGCAGAAACAGCUCCUGAGAUGGUGCUAUAGUUUCCACUCCCAUCCUUUGACACCACAAUUUUGGUGUUAUCACUUGAAACCAAAAUUGGAAUGGCAAGAAACCAACAGAAACGAAGUAAACUCUCAGCCAUUUUGAAGAUUGAUGUAUCAAAGCCUUGGUUUUUUGAGAUCCUGGAAUCAAGCCUCCACAUCUUCAUUUGUUCCCUUUCUAUUUCUCUAUUCAGUGUGCAAGUUUACACUGUAUACUGACUGGUAUAUCUGCUUACCUAUCCACAAGUGAGAUAAGGGAGAAAUUUAGCUCACGUAAAUUAAUAAAACUCAUAAUAUAUCCUGCAAAUCAAUCUUGAUAAAGACAUAAAUAAUAAAUACCAAAGUGUUAUCUGAGUUAGUUGCGAUUGUUGAUUAUGAUUUCUACCCAUCUUCUUCUUUUCUUCGUCGAAUUGGGAACUAGCUGCCCAUUGCCCUUUUCAUCUUGGCACUGCUAAUUAUGAACUUGCCGAGUUUAAGCUCUCGAAUUGGUAAGGAUAAAUUAUUAAGGAUAAAUUCCAAAAACUAAUAUUACCAAUUCAAUGAGUUAGGACCAGGUUUAAGAUUCAACAUGUGUUCUGGAUACCGGAUAGCAUGCCAGAAAAGAAAAUGUAAAUGUUGUCACAGAUUACUAAUAUGACAAACAACAUAAUCUGUUUGGUGUUGCAGUUAUUAUUUUUACUUUGAAUGCAUUCUUUUGCCCUCUAUCUAUACUUUUUUUUUUUUAAUAAGUUUUUGCCCUCUAUCUAUACUGAAAAAAUGAUGAAUGAUUAGAAAAUUUUAGUUCCAAAAACUAAUUUUACCAAUUCAAUGAGUUAGGACCGGUUUAAGAUUCAACAUGUGUUCUGGAUACUGGAUGGCAUGCCAGAAAAGAAAAUGUAAAUGUUGUCACAGAUUGAACUAUUUUGGAGCUAUGACCAUAUUACCCUUUUUCUCUCAAUUCACGAUCUAGGGUUUUUGGAGACUUAACGAUUUUUUCCUCUCACGCUUCCGGUUAACUGGUCCACCGUGGUGAGUUCUGGUGGGUGGUGACGAUAUGGGGGAGGGAUCUCCCUCCUGUACCCCGCCAAUGGGGGCUGGUUUACCCCAUGCACCAAUUACUCAACAAACGAACGUGCAUCAAGAGCAACAGAAACCUUCAUGGAGAAGUAUUUUUGAUGAUGAUUUACAGAAAAAGAUGGAGAUACUCCCAUACUUACCAGAAUGUCGUGGUGCGAAGGUGGUAAAGAUCAUGGAAGAAGAUACAAUUGAGGAGGUGGAGUACUGGAAACACUCUAUUGUAGGGUAUUUGGUGGGUAAACGAUCUUAUUUUUACCAUAUUAGUGAUUUCCUCAAACGGAUUUGGAAAACUGCAGGUAACUUCAAAUUGAUUUCGUUGCCAAAGGGUUUUUUCAUGGUGCGAUUUGAUGAUGAGAAUACUAUCCUUCAGCGUAUACAUACGUAUCAGGGAAGACCUAUGAUUCUCAAGCGCUGGGACAAGAAUGUGAAUCUGGAGAAGGAGAUAUUGGGUUCAGUUCCAAUUUGGGUCCAAUUGUUUAAUCUUCCUAUGCAUUGUACAGGGAAUAUGUCCAUUGCUAGGGUUUGUUCACAAUUCUCAAAACCACUGUAUCCUGAUGAGGCUACAUUAGCUAGAGAGAGAGGAGGGUUUGUCAAGGUAAUGGUAGAGGUGGAUGUACAUGAUGAACUCCCGGAAGUAGUGAAUGUUGACAUACAUGGAAUUGAGUGUGAGGUGUUUAUUGAAUACGAUUGGAAACCACAAUUAUGUAGAAAAUGCAAUGGAUAUAAUCAUUCCGAGGUCAAAUGUCCAAGGCUCAAAAUAAGAAAUCAUCCUCAGAAUGGAUUGUCAAACAGAAAGGGAAAUUGGUUCCACAUGCAUAGGGAAAAGGUAUAGGAAAAUCAGAUGUUGCAGGGACUAGUGGAGAUAUACCUUUGGAGAAUAGUUCCGAGGCGAAAGUGGAUACCCAAGAUAUGAUUGAAGAGAGAUCAAAGGAAAACAUUGUGUCUGAAGAUGCAGACAGGGCUUUAAUUAUUCAUGAAGGGAUUGGUAUGGGGAAGGGAGUUAAUAAUGAGAGUGUUGAUAGUGCAGUUUCUGUUAUUGAACCUCUUGAGGUAUCUCCUAUUAAAACUAUGCGGCAAGCUAUCCAUUCAAAAACCCUUGCAGGGUCGGAGGUACAGGAUCCCAAAAUGAACUCUACAAUAGUAGAGGGAACUGAGGGUAAGCAUGAUGAAAAGGGUAAACAAGGAAUAGAUGAUCCACCACAAAACAAUUCCCCUCUAACUAAAAAUCAGAGGAAGAAACAGAGAAAAAGGGAAGCUGAAAUGGAAGCUAGUACAAGAAUUACUAGAGGUAUGGUGGCUGGUGGAGCUGUUCCACCCUCUGAUAUUACUUGAUGAUUGGAAUGUGGAACGUGAGGGGGCUCAACAGGAAGGGGAUGCAACAAGAAAUCCGCUCGUGGGUGAGUAAAAACUCUCUGUCACUGGUCUGUUUGGUAGAGACUAGGGUUCAAAGUUCAAAGUUUAUUAGAAUUAGUAGUAGAUUGGGGGCUAAUUGGCAAUGGUGUAACAAUUAUGAUGCUGUGUAUGGAGGUAGGAUUUGGUGUGGCUGGAAUCCUACAAUAGUUGAGGUUUAAAUCAUAGAAAUUAAAGCUCAGAUUAUCUUUUGAAUUGCUUGACAGAUAUGGCACCUUAUAUUUCUGGUCCUUGGCUUCUUAUUGGGGACUGGAAUGUUAUUAGAAGCAAUGGGGAGAAAUUAGGGGGGAAGACUGUCCCUAGAAGAGUGUUAAAGGAAUUCAAUGAUGUUAUUGAUUCCAUAACUCUAUCUGACAUCCCAAUCUCUAAUGGUAAGUACACUUGGUGUAACAAUAGACGAAUUGCUAAAAGGAUUUAUGCUCAGCUGGACCGCGGAUUGAUGAAUGAAGAUUGGAGUAUUAUGUUUCCAUCUUCCAAAAUCGAACUUCUUCUUUACUGUCUGAUCAUUGGGGUCUUUGUGUCAGGAUUCCAAGUAAUAUGGCUGCUGGUCUGAAACCAUUUAGGUUUUUGCAGGUUUGGAAUGCUCAACCGGUGAUGAAACAAGUGGUUGCAGAGGCUUGGCUUGUUAGGGUUAUUGGGGAUCCUAUUGUUAGGGUUAUUAGGAAACUUCAAGCUGUCAAGAAGCCUGUCAAAUUAUGGAACAAAACAAAAUUUGGAUCAGUUUUUGAACAGGUUAUUGAAGCUAGAAAUACCUUGGAGGAGAGACAGUUAGCUUUGUCUAAUUCACCUGUGUGUGUGGAGAGUAUCCAAAGGGAGGAUGAAGCUAGAAAGAACUAUGCUUUAGCUUUGUCUAAUGAAGAAAUUUUGGUGUCACAGAAGGCCAGAAUUAAAUGGAAGAAAGAUCAAGAUAGGAAUACAAAGUUUUUUAAUCAGAAAAUUAAAGCUCACAGAGUGAAUAAUAAUAUUCUUAGCCUGAAAGAUUCUGAUGAUGGGAGUUUAUUAAAGAUGAAAAUGGUAUUAAAGAUUUACUGCUGAAACAUUACAUGUCUUUAUUUU